AUGGAAGCUUAUCUCCAAUACCAACGGGUUCGAAAAUCCGUGCAACAGCACUUGGCAACGCUGAAAGAUGAUUGCAGCUGUCCGAGCUACUCUGUCAACGCUCAUCAUGGUCCUAACUGCAAACUGAGCGGCUAUCAUAGUAGCCUGGAGAAGUUGCCCGCCGGAUCGACGGCCCCUGACGCUGCGAUUCUUGUGGGCUGGGAAGGGGAAAAUGAUCCCUUAAAUCCUGCAAACCUGAGCACCUCACGGAAGCUCUGCAUGACUUUGUUAGUGUCAUUGAUAGCAGUGGCCGUGACUAUCGCCUCGGCGAUUGAUGCUUGUGGUGUCAGGGAAUAUAGCGCAUACUUCCAGGUAUCCGAAGUUGUCGGCUCUCUAGCAACAGCUCUGUUCCUUAUCGGUUUCGCAUUUGGUUCCCUUCUCUCUGGCCCUUUCUCUGAAACCUUCGGACGCAAUGCCAUUUAUUCCACAACAAUGCUCCUUUUCUUGAUCUUCGUCAUGGCAUCAGGACUAGCCCCAAACCUCCAUGGUCACCUUAUCUUUCGUUUCUUUGCCGGCCUCUUCGCUUCCACCCCGCUAACCUGCGCCGGUGGCACAGUUGCCGACUUGUGGAACCCUCUGGAAAAGACCUAUGCUUUUCCUGUUUACGCUUUACCUGCAUUUGUGGGGCCCAUGAUCGGCCAGAUAAUCGGGAGCUAUAUUCCAGUUACACUAGGCUGGCGCUGGCUAGAGUGGGUAACGCUGAUCAUGGGUGGUGUGGUUCUCGCUCUGGUCCUUUUAUUCCAGCCUGAGACAUAUGGUAGCCUUAUUCUCUACUGGAAGGCUUCCAUUCUGCGAAAAGAGACUGGUGAUGAGAGAUACAGAGCUCCCAUGGAGAUCAAUCAGAAGAGCCUCGGUCAGCGAUUGAAGACCUCCGUAUACCGGCCAUUUGCGAUGUUUUACUCUGAACUAAUUAUCAUCCUGAUGUCACUCUAUCUGACGAUUAUCUAUAUUGUCCUCUUUACCUUUCUUGAGGGGUAUACCUAUAUUUUUGGCGAUGCAUAUGGCCUUUCCGAAGGACUGACCAACCUUUGCUGGGCUGGUAUGCUCGUUGGCAUCUUUCCGGUCAUCGGCGUGGUGCCGGUGGUUUACAGCUGGACUGCAAAGGCCUAUGCUCGAGAUAACUCCACUAUUGCACCUGAGAUGAGACUCUGGUACACGAUGCUUGGUGGCGCAGUAGCAGUGCCGAUCAGCUUGUUUUGGAUGGGAUGGACAAGCAAUCCAAACAUCUCAAUCUGGUCCCCUCUCGUUGCCUCCGUCGUUUUCGGCUACGGGAUCACCACCAUCUUCAUCGUUGCAUACAUGUAUCUCAUCGAUUCCUACGACGCAUAUUCUGCAUCCGCUCUGGGAUUCCUCGUGUUCACGCGAUAUGUGGUGGCGGGAGGUGUGACUGUUGCUGGAGGUCCGAUCUAUGAGGCUCUCGGCGUGCAGUAUACCCUCACCAUUCUGGGGUCUAUCAGUGCAGUUAUGGCGAUGGUGCCUUAUUUGCUUUACUUCUAUGGGCCGAUUAUCCGCAGAAAGAGCAAAUAUGCGGUGAAUGUUGACACUGAGUAA